AUGGAGUACUAUGUAGACCUCGAAUCGACUUGUCGCGCACUCCGUCGGCUGACCCUCAAACACUGGAAACGCUUUGAUGAAACAGGGGAACGAGUAGCAAUUGACAAUUCUAUUUCACAUUGUCGUAUUGAACUCGGACUUCGUCCCCAGGGACAUCCACAUCGUUCUGAUACAAUGGAUUAUCUUGGAACGUUUCUCGAUGAGCGGUUCAGGCGAUGGAGGGGAAUAGAAGAUCUAGAGGAGGCCAUCAAGUUUCACCGUACUGCGCUUGAACUUCGACCUGACGGCCAUCCCGAUCGUUCCGAGUCUCUGUUGAAACUCGCCUCUUCCCUUAAAACUCGAUUUGAUCAGCUCGGAGGGACCGCAGAGCUUGAUGAGGCCAUAGAGCGUCAUCGUACUGCCUUGCAGCUUUUCCCUAACGGCCAUCCUUAUCGUUCGAUGUCUCUGAAUAACCUCGCGAAUGCCCUUCGAACUCGAUUUCGACAGUUUGGACGAACUACGGAUAUCGAUGAGGCCAUCAAGUUUCACCGUGCUGCCUUGGAACUUCGUCCCAAUGGCCAUCCCCAUCGUUGCAUGUCCCUGAAUAAUCUCGCAAAUUCAUUUCAAAACCGAUUUGAACAGUUCGGACAGCCCACAGACCUCGAUGAGGCCAUCAAGUAUCACCGUGCUGCUCUGCAACUCUACCCUGAAAGGCAUCCCGAUCGUUCCUUGUCUUUGAAUAAUCUUGCGCAUUCCCUUCAGACUCGAUUUGAUCAGCGUGGUCGGACUGCAGACCUCGACGAGGCCAUCAAAAAUCACCACGCUGCCUUGGAACUUCGUCCUAAUGGCCAUCCCCAUCGUUCCGAGUCUCUAAAUAACCUCGCGAAUUCCCUUCAAGCUCAAUUUAAACUAUGUGGGCAGACUGUUGAUCUUGAUGAGGCCAUCAAGUACCGCCGUGCUGCACUGCAACUUUUGCCCAACAGUCAUCCUUAUCGUCCCAUGUGCCUAAAUAACCUUGCCUCUUCCCUUCGAACUCGAUUUGAGCAACAUGGUCAGACCCAAGACCUCGACGAGGCCAUCAAGCAUCAUCGCGCCGCCCUGCAAAUUUGCCUUGACGGCCAUUCCGAUCGGUCCAUGUUUCUGAAUAACCUCGCCGGCUCCCUUCAAACACGAUUUAGACAGUAUGGACGGACUGCAGAUCUUGAUGAGGCCAUUGAGUGUCAUCGUGCUGCCUUGGAACAUCUCCCUGACAGCCAUCCCAUACGUUCUUCUUCUCUAAAUAACCUCGCCUCUUCCCUUCAGACUCGAUUUGAACAGUAUGGGCAAGCUGCAGAUAAUAAUGAGGCAAUCAAGUACUAUCGUGCCGCCUUAGACCUUUUCCCCGACGGCCACCCCGAUCGUCCUGCUUCUCUAAAUAACCUUGCAGUUUCUCUUCAGACCCGCUUCGAACAGUAUGGACAGUCAACAGACCUCGAUGAGGCCAUCAAGUAUUAUCGUGCUGCCUUGGAGCUUCGCCCCAACGGCCAUAACAGUCGAUCUAUGUCUCUGAAUAACCUGGCAUCCUCCCUACGAAUCCGUUUUGAACAGCGUGGCCAGACUGCAGACAUUGACGAAUCCAUCGAGUAUCAUCGUGCCGCCCUGCAACUUUACCCUGAAGGGCAUCCCGAUCGCUCUAUGUCUCUGAAUAACCUCGCAAAUUCUCUUGAAGCUCGAUUUCAAAAGCGUGGAUUGUCUACAGACCUCGACGAGGCUAUCAAGCAUCAUCGUGCUGCCCUGCAGAGUUUACCCGAAGGCCACCCCGUUCGUUCCGCAUCACAAAAGAACUUGGCUAAAUCACUAUUAUCCCGGUUCGAGAAGUCUGGGCUCGUGGAUGAUUUUGAAGAGUGUAUACAAUUACUCGAACACGCUGCCGAUCAUAAGCUUUCAAGCCUUACGAUGCGUCUCGCGGCUGCCAGUCAAUGGGCCAACCUCGCCGGUAGUCAUGCUCACGAUACCACAUCUAGAGCUUAUAAAAUGGUGAUGCUGCUCCUUCAGCGUGCCCUCGUCGUUAGCCCCAAUCUACAUGCACAACACGAAUUGCUCAGCCAGGGGCGCUACUACAGGACGUUUGCGUUAGACGCAGCUGCCCAUGCCGUGGAGGGAGAGAUACUUGAAGAUGCUAUAGAAAUGCUUGAGCAAGGAAGGGGUCUACUCUGGUCGCAGAUGCGUGGGUUCAGGACACCGCUAGAUCAACUCAUGGAAACGAAUAGAGAGCUUGCAGAGCGGUUUAGUAGUGUUAGUCAUCGACUAGAGAGGCUCACGACGUCCUCUGAGGGAUGGACAGCUGGUAUGACGCUCGCAACGUCCUCCAAGGAUCUGAUUCCCAGCGGGUCAUUUGACUUCAGGGUACACGAGAAACAGCAAUCGCUCGACAAGAUGCUUAAAUUGAAGAGGCAAGUUUCUAAUGAGCAGGACGAGAUUAUCGACGAAAUACGGCGAAUUCCCGGGUUUGAGAGCUUUCUCAAAGCUACGCCGUUUAAAGUACUUCAGCAAGUAGCCUCUGAGGGUCCGGUGAUUGUGGUAAACCAUAGCAAAUAUCGAUCGGAUGCACUUAUCAUCCUUCCAUACGAAGACGUGCCAGUCGUCUGUGUUCCAUUAGAUGGAGAAUUCCAUAGAGAUGGUACCACGCUGUAUGUUGAGCUCUUGGUAACGCGGAAGCGUCUUGGACCCGGUUCAUCCGAAUACGAUACGAAACUCCUCGAAGCGAUGAAGUUUUUAUGGGAUAGAGUCGUCUCCAAGGUCGUCAACAAACUCAAAGAAUUCGGAAUUAUCGAGGGAUCGCGAAUCUGGUGGUGUCCUACGUCCGUGCUUUCCGUUCUUCCUUUCCAUGCAGCAGGACCAUUUAAAGGCACAGAUGGUACCAUAAAGUAUCUUUUGGACGACUACGUGUCAUCAUAUACUCCGACGCUUGGGGCUCUUAUCAGUGCUCGUUCGAGGGAAUACAAGGACGAUCCGACAAUGCUUGUUGUUGGCGACACCAAAUCUCUUAUGUCGACUGAAAAGGAGAUUCGUGCCGUACGGGAUCAUACUCGGAGCUACAUUUCUUCUCCCACGAUAUUCUUGAAUGAGAGAGCGUGCCGCGACAGGGUGAUGAAACGCCUCCAGAAAGCCACAUGGGUUCAUUUUGCUUGCCACGGACAUUUAGGCUCAGGGUCUCUUGACUCGUCAUUUGUACUCUCCGAUGGUGGAUUAACAUUGCUCGACAUUAUCCGGGCUGACCUUCCGAAUGCUGAAUUUGCAUUUCUCUCUGCUUGUCACACUGCCGAACAAGAUGGAUCCGGUUCGUAUGAUGAAGUACUCCACUUAGCUUCCGCUGCGCAAUUCUGCGGAUUUCGAAGCGUGAUUGGGACAAUGUGGGAGUUGUACGACGCGGACGGCCCUUUGCUUGCUAGAAAGGUUUAUUCGUACAUGGCAGAGUAUGAGGACGGUGAAGUAAUACAUAAGCGUUCCGCAGCAGCGCUACGUAAAGCUAUUUUGGAAUUGCGAAGGCAGGAUGGUGUCCAGACGGAGCGAUGGGUUAACUUAGUACAUAUCGGUGCUUGACUGACGUUCGCAGUAAUGAUAACGAUUCAUUUGUUUGAGUGCUGACCCAAUAGACCAACGUACUUGGUUCUUCGCUUUUCUUUCAAAUCUCUGUGCUUAAAUUAUGUUGGCUGUCCUGGUUUUUGACCUUUUUCCUGUGUCACAUUGAGUACUGUCUUGUGGAUCUGUCAAAUAUAG